AUUCUUUGAAGGUCUCUAAGUGGAAGAGAAUUUUUCUGCUAAAGCAGUAAGUUGGCUGUGGGGGACAGUGACUCAUUGUGUGGCACAGAGAAAAGACAGGCUUCGGAGAAGUCAGUGUGACAUUGAGAAUGAUGGAAACUGGCACAGAAGUUUAGGAAACAGGGAGAAGGGCACAAACAGGAUGGGUACAUCAAAGAAGUUAUUAGCCUUACCAAAUCACACCCCAGAAUAAUGUCAUAAACAAAAGAAAGACAUUACUCCCAUAAACUAUAGAGAGAUUUACAUGAAUUCCAGCCAACUGGAAAGGAGAAAUAUUUGCAUCUGCAUUAAGUACAGUGAUAGCAGAAAGCUUGCUAGUAGGGAAAAAGAAAGGGGUAAGGUUAACUUUGAGGGGAAGAAAAUCUUACACAUAGACUGAGGGUAGAAUAAGGAGUAAUUUUGGAGUGCCUGCAUGCACAGUAGGGAAGAUAGGUAUCUUGGGUUUUUAUUUUUGCUGUUUGAGAGUCUGAGGUGUUGACAGCUUGCUGGAGGGAACAAGGUGAGGGGAUGGCUGAGAGGAAGAGAACUCAAUUUCUUAUUUUAAUUGAGGAAUAGGAGGCUGCAGAUGAUGUUGCCUGUGGGUAAUAGGAGAGAGCUGACAAACCUUGCCCACAGAGAGAAGAGUGGUUGGAGUCAUUAGAGAUGCCGAGGGAGCAAGGGAGAGAAGUAGCAAAGUAAGCAACUGCUGCAGUGAUUAAUAAUAGCACUGAGCAGCUCAGAAGUGCCUUUUUGAAAUGUGGAAUGUUGUAGGAAGCUAGGAAUGAGGGAUGUGGAAUGGGAACUGGGAGGAUAUCAAGAAGUUCAUACUGUGGUCAUACAUUGCAGUGAACUUGAGCUUCAGAGGUAGAAGUGGAGAAGAUGUAAAGAAGGAAAAGUAAAAUGUAAAAUUGAUUUCAUAAUUGGAAGUAUGAUGAGAAGUAUUCCUGUGCAGUGUCAAGAGCAGAAAGGAUGCAGGGGCAAGAGGCAUUAAGUUGAAAAGGAACUGAGGAAAUGAGCCAGGAAGAGGAACCAACAAACAGGACAGCACAACAGAUGUGGUGUGGGGAUUUGGGGAACACAUCUGGACAUGCAAAAAAGUGCCAGUCACACUGCCCAGCCUGUCCUCUGAUGGUAUUGGAUGGAGAUGGAAGAGAAAUUGGAAACAUUUGGGGGUUUUUUUGUUGUUGGUUUUUUUUCUGAGUAAUGAAUGCAAGAUGUCUUUUAAGUAUUUUCGGAGGAAAAGAGCUUAACUGCUGGAAAUUAAAUGAAGACUAAAAGGAAACUUCAGAUUAAGGAGUGUUUAAGGGUAGACUGAUUACUGAAGCAAAUAAUUGCAAACUUCAUGAAGUCUAAAGGCAGGGCAGCUGUGGGAUUUAACGGUCAUGGAUUGUCACUGAGCAUGGAAGGGAGGAAGGCAGAAGAUACUAGUGGUGUCUCUGCUGUCUUCAGUUCAUGCAGCUGGAAAUGCUGAUCAGAACUGGCACAUGUAUGAUAAUAACCAAAAAGCACUGCUACAGCCAUCUGACUUCAACAUGCCAUGAUAACUUUGUGUGUUACUUGAGAGGAAAUUCUCAUCAGUGAUGAAUGCACAACACAAUGUGCCAUAUUGCCUGUGCAGCACCCAAAUACAAAAGUAUUUUAUUGAUGUAUAGUGGAAACAUCUUAAUGCAACUGUUCUUUGUAUAGGCACAGAAAUGCACCAAUGGAAUAAAACACUGGUUUUAGUAGAUGGGAAUAACUAAGAUGAGUGUGUACAGCUCUGUGAAGCCUUUUGUUGUUUGGGUAGUUGCUAGUGUUAUCUAACACUUCCCCGUUUAACUUAAUUAUCAAACCUGAUGGCUUGGAUAUUUAAAAUUAUUUUAUGCCAUGCUUUGUCCUGAUUCUGCUUUUAAGCUCCUCACUGGACAUUCUGUGAAAUAAAUUACUUCCUAGUGAUUGGCAUGUCUUGUAACACUUAGGUGUUUUCAAUUAUGUUUUAUAACCACUGGUUAGUUAAUUGGGGUGGAAGGAUGACAGAUUUUUUUCAGGAAACAAAUUUUUGACAUCUUAUUGUUUAAAAUCACAAUGAGGACUGACAGAACAUAUAGAGGAACAUGCCAAGACUCUUCUUUUUAGAAAGGACCAAAUACUGUUAGAAAUUUUCACUUGUGUCUUGAAUUUUUAUACUAGGGCUGUAAAAUUCUUGCAGUAUAUAUAGCAGUUAAAUACUAAGGAAAGGAAAGUUAUGUGCUGGCAUUUUCUGGAGCUGAUUUGCAGACAGCCAUGUGGCUUAAGUUGCAGUCUAGAUGCACUUAAUAGAAGCAUGAAGAUAAUCAACAAUUAACCUAAAAGUGCCAAUAAUAAAGCAUGUCCCUAAAUGCCAUAUCUGCUCCAUGGAUGGUGAUCCAUCUGCUUCCCUGGAUGGCCUGUUAUAGUGCUUCACAAUGCUUUCAGUGAAGAAAAUUGUUCUUAAUAGCCAGUGUAAACUGCCUGUGGCACUGAGUGAGGCCACUGGCUCUUGUCCUGCUGUUUAUUACCUGGGGGAGAAGAGUGACCCCCAGCUCUCUACAACCUCCUUUCAGGUGCUUACAGAGAGCAGUAAUGUCUCCCCAGUGUUUUUUCAAAGCUAGAGAAACCAUCUUGCCUCAGCCGCCCCUCCUAAGGUUUUUGCUCUAAAGUGAGUCCCCAAAGGCCUGUAUAGGCCCCUGAGUUCUCUGUUCCUGACUGGCAGACUGCUGGAGCCUCACCCACCUCUGGAUGCAGUUGGAUGGCUUCUGAGAGAUGGCCUUGUGUACAGAGACUUCUGGUUUUUGCUUUUCUUUCUGCAGUGCUCCGAAGUAGAAGCAUUGCCUGUGUCCCCUGGGCAGCCGCAAGGGUCACUCAUGGUGCAGGUAAAUAAAUGGGUGUCUUUGGCCCGGGUCUCUGGGCCUGGGAGCAGUGGAGCUGCACUGGCUGGGCUGAGGAGUGACAAAAGCUGCACAGUGGAGUUGGGAACAGCCCUGUGAGCAGCAAGGUGAGAGGAGGAGGAGGAGAGAAAGUACUGCAGACAUCAGAGGAGAGAUUCCCCUGGUGCCCUGGCCAGGGCUCCAGUGAAGCAUGGACUCCCCUGCAGCCCUUGGAGGGAGCUAGGCCGGAGCAGGGAUCCACACGCUCCCCACAGGAUUUGCACUGGGGCAUGUGGCUAUUUCCUGAAGAAACCUCAGCCCCUUUGGCCUCAGGUUUAUCCUGAAGGACUGUGGCCCUUGGGUGGGAUCCCAUUCUGGAGCAAGGGAGCAGUGUGUGGAAGAUGGUUGAGUUGGUGGUGACUGAGCCCAGCUUGGUGCCUUGCACCUCUCAGGGAAGUGGGGCAAGGAAGGGGCAGGAGUGAAAUUGAGCCCAAGAAAAAAGAUGAGAUGUGAGAGGUGUUUAAUCUUUGUUGCUCACUUCCCUUCAUUUUUAACUGGCAACAUAUUGGACUAAGUUGGUAACUGGUAAAAAUGAUGAGUGGAACAGAAGCGCAGCUGAAAGGAACAUGUAGAGCAAAAAGAAGUAUCUAGUCCAACUUCCUGACCACUUCAGAGUGACCAAAAAUUAGAGCAUGCUGUUAAAGGGCAUUACCCAAAUGCUUCUUAAAUGCUGACAGGCUUGAGGCAUUCACCACCUCUCUUGGAGGCCUGCAGGAUGGAUAUUUUUCUUAGGUCUCCCUGGAAUGCCUUCAACCUUUAAAAAAACAGGUGAUACAUUAGGUGUGACUGGGAAAACAAGAGAGGAAUUUAGUGCUCUUCUGGGUAAGUAGGGCAAGAGACAGCCUCAUUAAAACUGAGGAGUCCAAACUAUUUUCAAGUUGCUGACUGCUUAGCCUGGAGGCAUGAAAAUACUAACAACUUUUGGAACUUCUGGAACAAUGAAAGGUUGUUCUCUUGAGCUAAAUCUAAAGAGCCAAACUACUGCCAAACCUUUCUAUUGCAGUGUGUUUUCAGCCUAGGGGCUGUGCUAUAACUAUUUUAAGGGCUUGUUCCCAAUACAUACCUAACCCUUAGGUUUGCAGAAACUGGAGGAUAGAGUCCCUCUUGUCCCCUGUCCCUCUAAACUUCUGUUUCCAGAAGUGCUGCAAAUGAUUAUGAGAUGUAUGGAAAUUUAAUUAGCUGUAAUUUCUCAAAGACAAGUAUUUCAGACUUUCUUGACUGGAGUGUUUUCUAAGGUCUGUUUAACCCAGUCCCCCCAGUGCUGCAGCUUAUGGGAGAGGGUUGCUGUGGAGUAAUUUUUUCCUCUAACUGUGCCAUGUGAAUAGUCCCAGCUAUCUCUGCCCUCUCAUUGCUUUGACUUCACCCUGUGUUGUCCCCUCUGCCAUGAGAGUUUCAGGGAGCUGUCCCAUGGCCAUGUGACAAACCAAGUGGGCUAAAAACAAGCAAGCAGAUAUUAAAGGUAAAUGGGAAACUGAUGUUGCUGAGCUACACUGCUGAAAUGAAUGGACAAAACAGCUGUCAGUGCUUCACGUAGACCUGUCUGGCUCCUCAUGUGCUGGCAGACCUCAGUGGUGAGCAGGAAUGGGAACUGGUGGUGGGGUUGAGAAGCAAGCCACACCAGGUGUAGGGAAAAAUGCUUGAAGUAAAGGCUGCAGAGCACCAUGGUUUGUACUUGCUUUAGAAAUAGGGAGAGGAGUUGUUAAGGGGGCUACCUCUUGUUUUUUUCAUUUCUCUGACUCCAUCUACUGAAUUACUUACGUGUCCCUUUCAACUAAAGAUAUUCUAUGGUAUUUUGAUUUCAGUCAUCCAGAAGUUUCAAAUCAUUUGAACUGUAGACAGCAUGUAAAAGGUGAGCUAGUAACUUUGAUCUAGUGGGAAUUAAAAGCUUUAUCUGUGUUAGUACUCUGGUGUUGGUGUAGCUUUGUAGGGGGAUGUGUUGUUUUUUGGUUUCUUGUUGCCAUUCAUACCUUCUAAAUUUUUAAAUAAAAUUUUAUGUCAGUAAUUUGGCUGUCCUGGUUGAUUUUGGUUACACAGACUGUUUUCUUUUUUUCUUUUCUUCUGAGAAUUAGAUUAAAAAUAUGAUAAUACUACUCAUAAGGAAUUUUUUUUAAAGAAUAUGGGGACAGCACCCAUUUUGUGCAGUGUGGGCUUCCUUGCUCUUGACCUUCUUUGGCCUGAUCUUUAAAAAAAAAAAGAAAUGUGAGGCCCAUUAUUUAAUUUCAUUUUUACUGCAAGCAAAAUUUAGCAAUGUGGUUUUAGAUACCCUUGCACAAGGAGUGCUGUUACAUGCUAUCACAAAGGCAAAACCCUGCUCACUGAGUUACAGUGGCAGGGUACCUUGUGGGCCACGGUGAGUUCCUUCAUCCAGUAGAAGUGUUUUUCUGUACUGAGCAUGCAUUAUUUGGCAGAGCAGAACAAUGUGGUCUAAGUCUGGAUCAUGUCUGGAUUCAUGCUUGUGACCUGGCUUUCCAGCACCUGCUUGGCUGUCUAGUGGCAGUGAGUAAAUAGUUUUUCCAGUGAACAGAAAUGUGGCCAUUUUUAAGCAUUUAAUUGUGAACAAAUGAUACUCAAAUAUAUCUGAACUUCAAACACACUAAAAUGCGUUUUAUAUCAUGCUGAUCAAAAUACAUUUGAAUAGCUUUAAACAUUUUAUAGUGCAUCCCGAUUCAUGCAACAAUGGAUGAGUUUCAUAUUCAGUAUUUUAUUUAGCUUAAAAUUAUGUUUUAUAGUUGCUUUUAUGCCCAGAUAUAGGGAAGAAAAAAAUGUAGUUAAAAUAAAAGCAGCAAGCCAUAAAUGUUUUUAUCAAAUGAGGUUGAAAGCAUUCCAUACCUCUUGAGAGUGUGUUUUCCAAAGGCAAAGGCUUCAAGGUCCCAAGAAAAUGUGGUCAUGGCAUCACACUGUGAAAGCCUAGACAGGAGUGUGAGUUUAUCUGAUUGACUCAGAGUGAAGUGAGCUGCAUUUGCAUUAUUCCCGGUAAUGUGUUCUGGUGCUCUGAACAGUGGGAGUAGUGACAGCAAAGGGAAUGAAUUAAUUUCAGCAACAGUCAGCACCUUGCUAAAAAGCAGAAACAUGGCACUGCAUUUUUCAGACUGCUUUUGCAGGGAAAGACUUGGAACCAGAGAAAGUUAGAAAAGGCCUGUGUGAGAGGAGCAGGUCUGAGCCUCUAGGAAGUGUAAGAAAGUCCUGUGAGAAAAUGGAAGGCUUUCACUUAACACAGUUGGUAUCCUGGGCUAUGGGACUGCAUUCUGGCUGGCUACAGCACAGCCUGGGAUCCUGAUCUCUCUGAUGGCACAUGGGAAUUCUCAUCAAGGUCUUCCCAGUGUUCUUCUGUCCCGAGCUGCCCUGAACAUGCUGGAGGCUGUACCCAGGUGAGAAGCUAAGGUUUGGGAAGCCAGUAGGGAAUUCUUUUGUGUGUCUUAGUCCAGAUGUAGUCUGACUGUGAGUGCUUUUGCUCUGCUUUGGGGAGAUGGACCUCUCAGGGUUCUUAUUUUCUCUCAUUAAUUGCUGCUUCAAAAGCCAUGAUACUCCUAGGUUGUUUUUAGAAAGUUACUGUCAGUCUGCAGACUUUUGCUCAGGUAAAGCAGAUGUGGCGAUUAUACCCUGGCCAAUCUGAAUUCUGUUGGUAGUCCAAAUUGCAAAACACUUAUCACAUCUUUCACUUUUUUAUUAAAAGCACAAUCAUCAUGGAAAUUUUACUUGAGGAUUGUUUUAAAGUUGGAUAAUUAAUGUCCCAUUUCAGUCAACCAGUUCAACCAAGGAAAAGGCUGAUUGUGUUUGCAGCAAGUUCAAAGAACUUGCAACAGAAACAGCAUUAAAUUAUUAGAAACCUAUGAAUUUAUAGCAUCUUUUAGUGGACUAAGAUUCUGUCAUUUUCUUGGGAAGUGCAUAUUGAAGAAGUUAAGGAAACUCUUUCAGAAGAGCAUGAUUUUUUCUGCAAGUUGUAGAAAAGGAUUUGGCUUUGAUCAGCAUAAUUUUCCUUCCCUUUAAGCAAGCUUGGUCAUGACUAUUUUUGUCUUUAACUUUGUUAACAGUAUUGCUAAUUCCUUUGCAUGGUUAUUUAAAUGUCUAAGAGUAGCUAGUUAGAGCCAUACUGAGGCCCUUUCAUCAGUUUCCCUAAUCCAGCUACUUGUUUUUAGGUUAGUGAAAAUUUAUGGGGAGAAAUACCAUGUAAUGAUCAACUUUUGAUCUGUAGAGCUAACAAGUAGUUUGGGUAUGUUUAAUAGUACAGAAAUCCUUAUUCUGUUCUAAAACUUUGUGUUAAUAGUAAAGACAACAAAGCUUUAUUUGAAAUAGAGAUGUUGGAAACUUAAGGGGAGGGCUGUCAGAGACAUAGCAAUUUGACUUGUAAAGAUAAUUAUAGUUGGUGCCUAACUGAUUUUUGAGGAUAUCUGCAGCUUCAGGAAAGCAAAUGUUUGGUCUCAAUGAUCCUGUCCUGUGGGGCCUCAUGCUGUGGUUUCACCCUGAUCCGACUCUGGUCUCCCCUUUCCAGAGAACUCACUGACUAAACACAUUUCAACUCUGCUGAGGGGCUGCUGCUUAGCAUUAUUAGAUACAUACAUAGUUACUGGAGUUGCACCAAGAUGAGGACAAGAUGAGAAAUGUCUAGAAAUACCUCCACUGAAUUAAUACACACACAAAAUCUCACAUUGUCAAGGGGCAUUUUAUUUAGGACAUCAUAUUUAAUGUGAGAUUUUUCUGGCUUUCAGCUGUGUGCAAAGUGAAUUUUAAUCUCAUUUUGAAAUGAAGGAAAAGAGCUCAGUGGAAUAAAAUACUUUGAAAUAAAACUAACUUCAGUAAGACCCUGAGCUGGUUGUAGCAAUGCCCUGGAAGAGCAGGAUUUGGUUUUUCAGGUUUGUGGGUGGGGUUUUUUUGUUAUUGGUUUUCUUGGUGUUUUUUUGUUUUGGUUUGGUUUGGUUUUUUUUCCUCCAGGCUGAUUUCUUCUGAAAACAGAGGUUAUGCACUUGUGCUUUCCUGUCUCUGUAUCCCCUUUCUCUCACCCAGCCUUGCUAAGUAACGCUAGAUCUUGUCAGCCAGCUUCAGUCAAAUUUGACAGAAGGGAUUUGGGUUCAAAGACAUUAAUUCUGACAAGUCUUUGCCUGGAUGAAAAGAUCUCUUAUUUCUGCUACCAGCCCGUGGUCAGGUGCAUUUGUUAUACAGAGGGAUGUGAUCCAACAGCCCCUGAGUGAGAGAGAAAAGCUUUCACCAGAGCUUGUGCCUGAUGGGACUGCUGAGCUCUACUGCCUUGGGCUUAAAGCACUUGGAGGAGCUUUUGCUUCACUUUCUUUUGUUUCCUACAAAAGUUAUCACAAGCAGGCUCUGAGCAGAUAGCAGUGACAGAGUGCCUGUUACCUGUUCAGUGGCACCUCUGUGGAGCAAUUGCUCUGCUCCUGGCUGCAGCUCUGUGCUCUGGUGCUGCCAAAGACAGAUCUGUGCUGCUGGAGAUCCAAGUGGGAGAGCAGGCAGAAACCAUUGCUUCUGCAGGGGCAGUCGUGCUUCUCUGAGAGACAGGAGCUCACCGUGGAGGGAUCUCUUUGGCAGAUGCUGAAAGCAGCCACAUACAUGGCUGGUGGCUUUCCUCCUCUUUUAAUUUAAAAUGCUGGUGAAUGUGUGUCUCAUUGCACGCCUGAAAAUUCAUCCAUGGGACACAAACUCCUUGGUAACCAAGCUUUUUGCUUCCACUCAUAAAAAGAGACUUUGACAGCUGCCAGCAAACAUCUGGACAAAGCAAAAUAAGUGAGUAAAGCCCUGGUGGAAUGAUGCAAUAUUUCAAGGAAACAACAGAUAUUUAUUUGUGUUCUAUUUCCCUGUACCUACAGCUGUAGCCACUGGAAAAAUGAUAUUUCCCAGCAAUGUCUUUUUCAGUGUCUUUACAGCCUAUAUACAUAGUUAGACUAUAUGAAAAAAACCAAAAAUUUGCUCUGAGUUAUGCCAGGGUAUUUUGUGUAUUUCUUAAUCCCCAACUGAAUUGCCAUUCUACAGCCCAUGUCAGCAUGCACCCUUGUUUAAUCUCUGCAGCAGGAUGACAGAUGGGAAGGAUGCCCAUGUGAUGGCUGAGUGUAAACACUCUCUGGCUGUAGUGAGAAUGUGGUCUUUAGGAGAAGUAGUGUUUGGUUUAGCCAGAAUUUAAUGUGCUUCUUGACGAAAAAUUGCCGGAAGACCUAAAGCAGUUCCUUGUGCUUGAGAACAUAUGCAUUGCUUCGUUAAAGUGCUUUUUCAAAAGAAGCAAAUAAAAAGCUUGCAAACUUAAGUGGUGUAACUUUAAUCAUCCCAGAUGUUUGGUUUCAUAGUCAGUUGCUGUUUGGGUUAGAUAUAAGCACCUUUUGGUCAGAGAAUGCAAUGUUUCCUGCAGAAGGGAAAAAUUGCUCUUGGAGUAAUGAGAAUAGCUUAGUCUACUUGGAAUAGAAAAAGAAAAAAUUGAUUUGGGUAUUAAAUGUUGGAGAGCAAAGUUUUCUGCUUUGCAGGGUGUUCUCCUUACAGUUGCAGUUAUAGUUAGUGGAGAAGCUUGCCACCAGCAGUGUUUGGAGCCCUGCAAAUCCUGUUGGCUCAGUAUUGACUCCUAAUUAAUGAUCCACAUUCUCACAGAUGCACUGAGGCCUUCUGUGAUGUGGCUGGACCAGUGGAAAACAAUAGAGUCAUUUAUUUCCAGCUGUAUUUGUCCCAUGAAUAAAGGACAUGAAUUAGUGCCAGUGUGUGGUUUCUGUUGGCUGCUGUACAGAAAUUUGGCAGCUUUUGUAGCCAAGGGAGUGUAAUUUAUAAAAUUCAGAGAUCUGAUGACAACUGGUCAAGCUGUCUCCAAAUGCAACAUGUUGGGCUUUUCUCGAGUUCGCUUUGUGUACAUAAAGCCCAGUUCUGGCUACAACAGCUGCAUAGUCCAAAAAACCAGUUCAAGGCCCAGGGUGAAAUGGGGUGGAAUACAGCCUUUACUCUGACCCACACUAAUUAAUCUCUUUCAAUGAAGCCAGCAUAUAGCUCUGUUUCUAUGAGGAAGCCACUCAAGCUGUAUCUGGUGUCUCUGCUUCCAUCAGUGUGAUGGUGACUGUGUUUUCCUUUUACCAUGGGCUAAAAAUGCUCAAUAGUACAUCACCAAAGCUGUGAUGCUGUGAUUGUGGACUGCUUCUGAUAAGCUGUACUUGCACUAAUGUACUUUAGGAACCUCUCAGGUAGGACAAGUGUUUAAUGUGCACAUGAGGACAGUGUCCUCUGAGGCAAUGUCUGUAACUCACGUGUUGGUGUAACCUAAGAUGUUUUACCUGUAUUACAUUGGGGUUUACAUCUAGAAUUGAACUGGGAUUUUUUUCUCUUUUUAUAAAAAAGUAUCAGUGAUUGUUUUAAUAUGUUUUGAAGUUAUCUGAAUGCCAGAAAGAUGAAAUAUUUUACAGUACUCAGGCUCAUUGCACGCAGGUUCUUUAAGCAAGCUUGGGCUGGCUAUGUGCUGUCUUCAGGCUGUUUUGCUGUUCCAGACAUUCACCAACACCUAUGCAACUGGUUUGGACUGUUCCAGUGAAAACUGGGCAAUAUGUGUGAUUUUGUUGAUCAAUUGAAUAAUCAAACCUCACUUUCUUGGGCCAAGCUAUAUGAGGUGAAGCUGACAUGGUGCUAUUGAUUUUAGCUUUGAUAAUGCUCUUGUCUGACUCUGACAUAAUGGCUGGAAGUGAGAAUUGUGUCUGCUUGUGGAAGAGCAGGAUAACACACACUCGUGUGUGUUUGUGAGUGUACAUUCAUGUGCAUACACACACACAUAUUCACAGACAGACCUUUUCUAGAGGCUGGGACACUUGCUGUGGUUCAGCCCAGAGCACGUUCCAGAGGGUUGGCCAGCUGUGACAUAUGACCAUGGAUAGAAUUGUUUAUGUAUUGUCCUGGCUUUGUUACAAAUGCCAGAGUGAUCCCAUUGUUUGAGUGGGAUCUUGGUUCAGAUGGAAUUCUGAGUGAAUGAAGCGUGGUUUGGAGCAUGUAGCAUUUAGUUAUUGCUUUUUUGCCCCUUAUGUCUGUUCAAUGUUUUAUGAAUGUUUAGCAGAGUCUUUGCACAGCCUCAUUAAGUGCCUUAUUGGGCUGCAAUGGCCAGGAGUGCUGUUAGCAGUUCCAGCAGGAGGUGUGGCCAUGUAUCCUGUACCUGCCAAAGAGCUGCUGGACUUCGGAAGAGCAAGGCAACCAAAUCCUAGAAUGCUCAUCAAAAACGAGAAUUAAAUUCCACAAGCUUCUGUCACAGAUCAUCAACAUCAGGAACUUACUCACAUGUGCUCUGUGCACCUUUUCAAACACUGCCAGAAAUGGACCUCUGCAGCUGCUGCCUGCAGCUGUUUAUGGUUUAGCUGCAAUUUCACAGUUGUGUACAUGCUGGAGAAACCAAGAUGGUUUAUUGACUACAGGCAGGCUCUACAGCCAGAGGAAAGGACACUUUAUACUAUGCCACAGUGUAAAUAAGCCCACAAACCCAAACAUGGAAAAGUCAUUCUGUUGCUGACAGCUGAUUUGUGAUUUUUCUUGCCACAAGGAUUAGGUGCUGCUUGGAGCUGACUUGCCAGAGGACUUGUGUAGUUGGAGCUUGCUGGAUUUUGUUGGGGUAGCUUGAUGUUCCCAUAGUCCUCACCUUCUUGUGUUUGGGAGAGGGGAAUGAAUUGUUCAGCUUCUCCCUGCUCUUUCCCUAUCUUUCCCUUUUUCCCUGACACAGAUUUCCAAAAAGAAAUAAGAGGUUGCGGCUUUGUCUGUUGAAAGCUGUUCUUAGUUUCUGGCUUGAUGUUGUCCUAGAAAGGGCUCAAUUGUGAUGAUGUAGAGUGAUGCAGAGUCCCCAGGCAGUGCAAAGGAGAUCUGCUUUAUUGCAAAGACAGGCCUUUUUAAGCAGUUAGCCAUUUAUCAGUUUACCUAGUAAAGGUAAGGUACAACAAGCCCAAGUCAGCCAACUACUGAACAGCAUGAUGUGGACAAUGCAGCCGUCACGCAGCACAUCUCUCACAUCUCUCCAUCCCUAUUCCAAAUGAGUCACUCUCCCAUAAUUCCCUUCUAUUUAGCCUAUCAGGCCUGAGCCAUGAUUUUACAAGGGUAACAAGGCCCUGAUUUUAUAAGGCUUUACCCAUGUGCAACAACUGAUGAAAGCAAAAUCCUGCUAGUGAAACACUGGUAGAGCAUGAUGUUCAGUACAUACAAGUACUUCUCGAGGGGGAAGAAGCUGAAAUGUAGAAAUUCUGGGAGAAUUGAGUAAGCAUAUGGUAAUUCAGUGUUGGUUGGGGGGACAUAAAACUGACAGUAUGAAUAGGUCUAAUAGCUCAGUAUUUGUAACGUUGGGGUACACUAGAAAAACCAUCAGGUAACCAACAGCAAAUACUUGUCAAAAGCUCCUUCUGAGGUUUACUCAGCAUUUGGGUAACGGAUAUGUGGAUUAAGUGUUGAGAUCACAUUUUGUCCAUGCAUUUUCUGUCAAUACCCUGCCCUUUUGGCAGCCCUUUUGAGAUCAUAGUGGUUUCUGAUAUGAGGACUAAACUGCACCAAUGUCACACAAAUACCUUCCCAGACCUGUGCUGGUAACAGUCUUGUGCUGAGUAUUUCUUAUAACCAGAUAUCUGCUCACACCCAUGGAGUCAUUCACACGAGUGGGAAUUUUUAUAGUGGGAGGCAUGUGGUCCUCCUGGUUCUGCAGCAUCAUUUCCCUCUCUUGCCUCAGCUGUUAGAUGUCAAAAUCAUGGGUUAUAUGUGGGACAAUAGGCAGGUGAAAAAGAGCAAAUGUUUUUUUCCUGUUCUGCAUCAAGCAGGGAAUGCCCUCUUGGAACUUGCUGGUGAAGAGGGACAGGAAUAAGAACUGGGGGCAUUUUGUUUGCAGGACAUCACCAAAGGCAGUAGAGGGGGAUGAGAAGUUUGGAUUUCAGGACCAUCAGACUCUAAGUCUUCUAGGUAGAGUGGGCUUUCCCUUUAGGUUGAUGUGACAUCCAGGACAACUUGUGUGCAGGUACUCACAUGGAAAAAGUUUUCAGUCUCCAGGCUCACAACUGCCAUUACACACAUUUUGUGACACAUGUAUGUCUUUCUUCUCUCUCUACUUGUGCAACUUAUUAUCAGAAUGGUUGGGAGCUGAGAUAAGGACUUUUAAGUCCCCAUGAAAGUAAGUAACUCAGUAAUAUAAACUGUUGAGAACAUGAGCAUGGUGCUGCCUCUCCCUGCAUCCUUACGUUUAGUGUGAGAGUCCAGCUCUCGAGAAAGCAAGAGCUCCUCAGAGAGCUGAAUGUCACACUCAGCUCAGAGAAUUCACCCUGAAAUGGCUAUUUUUUUACUUGAUGAAUGGAGAAUGUUUGCUACAUGGAGGGGACUCCAAGUUUAUUCCACUGAGAAAUCUAUAUAAAAAAGAUAUUUUUUUUAAUCCCCUACCAUCUUCAAGUGCCAAAUAGAUACUUUUCCACUAAGCUUAUAGUACUACUUGACUUGGAAGCAUAGGAUCAUCUCUUAAAAUGUGUUGUGUACCAGCAAGGACUGAAAUAUCUUGCCUAGAAAAAAACAGAUCUAGCUUUUAGAGCACAACUUUUCUGUAGGUUGGCUGAUUAUUGCUUUGUGCUGCUUGACUGUGAUUUUUGGCACACAGUGUCACAUACCAAAUUCCCGAAAUAAAAUGCUACAUGAUAUUCUAAGAGUUCUUAGGAAGCUUUAAAAAGGGAUUUGUCUGCUGAGUGGGUACCUCUUCUGAAGCCAAAUGAUGCAGCAGCAAUGGUUUGAAAGGAGAAAACUUUAGUCAGCAGAUAAUUAGUCUUUUUAAAUAAGUACAAGGAGGAAAAAAAAACCUUCCAUCAGACUUGUGUUUGUAGAAGUUGUCAGCAAUCCUGCUUUGAUUGGAGAGGGUGUGCAGCCCUUUGAAUAGUUAAAACAUCUGUUCGGCGACGUUGUGAAAUGCUUGUGUUGGGAACCCCUGAUAAGGGGGACUGCUGAGCACUUGGCUCCUACAGGCAGCAAGGGCUGCACUAACGGUGGCCACUGCUUGCCUUUCUUCCUCCUGGGCAGAGCACAACGUAGGAGACAGCCACUGUUUUCCAUGUGAUUUUGCUUUGAGAGGGAGAGAGCAGGAAGUGCCUAGGAAAUGGUUCAUGACAGAAACCUGGAGUUUUAAAUAGGAAAGAAGAGGAGGAGGAGGAAAGCACAUGGGCACAGUUUGUGAACAGUUGAAACACUGACACAACAGCAGCAGGGGAAAACCAGACUUUUGAGAGAGCAAGCACCUCCCAAGCUGUCCUGAUGGAAGGAGAGACAGUCCCCGAGGCCAGGGGAGCAGGCAGCAAAGCCACUCGGAUCGCCCUCGGUGUCUUUGUGAGCGGCACUGUUGUGCUUGGCACCGCUCUUUUCUUGGUUAGCCAAGGUCUUAUAAAGUUUCAUCCGAAGCAACAGUACUGUUUGACUGCAGAAUGCAUUGAAGCUGCUGCUAGCAUCCUGAGCAAGAUAAAUCAGUCUGUAGAUCCAUGUGAGAACUUCUAUCGAUUUGCAUGUGAUGGCUGGAUAGAUAAUAACCCCAUUCCUGAAGAUAUGUCCAACUAUGGUGUUUAUCCCUGGCUGCGACACAAAGUGGACCUCAAACUAAAGGCAUUGUUAGAGAAACCCAUCAGCAAAAGACGAGACAGUGAAGCUGUACAGAAGGCCAAGAUCCUUUAUGCAUCCUGCAUGAAUGAGGAUAAAAUUGAAAAAGCCGAUGUGAAACCCCUGUUAAGUAUCUUGAAGCAUUCACCCUUCCGCUGGCCUGUGCUGGAAUCCAACAUUGGACCUGAAGGGCUGUGGUCAGAGAGGAGGUUCAGCCUGGUCCAAGCCUUGGCAGCUCUGCGUGGCCAAUACAGCAGCUCUGUCUUCAUCCGUCUGUAUGUGGGUGCUGAUGACAAAAUCUCCCACCGCUACAUCCUGAAGCUUGAUCAAGCAAGCCUCUCUCUGUCAUCUCGAGAGGAUUACCUAGAAAAUACCACAGAAGCCAAAUCUUACCGAGAUGCCUUUUUGAAGUUCAUGGUUGAUACAGCAGUGCUGCUGGGUGCAAAUGCCUCCCGAGCUGAAUCUGAUAUGAAGUCAGUUCUAAAACUGGAAGUUAAAAUAGCAGAGAUCAUGAUUCCAUACGAAAACCGGACAAGUGAGGUGAUGUACAAUAAAAUGAACAUAUCAGAGCUUAGUGCCAUGAUUCCACAGUUUGACUGGCUGGGAUACAUCAAGAAGGUGAUUGACACCAAACUCUAUCCUGAGCUUAAAGAUAUAGGUCCUUCAGAAAAUGUGAUUGUCCGUGUUCCCCAAUACUUCAAAGAUUUAUUCAGGAUACUAGAAAAUGAAAGGAAAAAGACUCUUGCCAAUUACCUGGUAUGGAGGAUGGUUUAUUCAAGGUUAUUUAACCUCAGUAGACGCUUUCAGUAUCGGUGGCUGGAAUUUUCUCGGGUGAUCCAUGGGACUACAACUUUGCUGCCCCAGUGGGAUAAAUGUGUGGACCUUGUAGAAAAUGCCCUCCCCUACGUUGUGGGUAAGAUGUUUGUGAAAGCCCAUUUUAAAGAAGACAAGAAAGAGAUGAUGGAGGAAUUGACUGAAGGAAUUCGCUGGGCUUUUAUUGACAUGUUAGAAAAGGAGAAUGACUGGAUGGACUCUGAAACAAAAAGAAAAGCUCAUGAGAAGGCAAAAGCAGUUAUGGCGAAAGUUGGGUACCCUCAGUUUAUAAUGAAUGACACAUAUAUUAAUGAAGACAUCAAAACACUGAAGUUUACAGAAAGUGAUUAUUUUGGCAAUGUAUUGCAAACUCGCAAAUAUGCAGCCCAAUCUGAUUUCUACUGGCUUAGAAAAGAAGUUCCAAAAACAGAAUGGUUUACAAGCCCAACUACUGUAAAUGCUUUUUAUAGUGCAUCUACCAACCAGAUCCGAUUCCCAGCAGGAGAACUUCAAAAGCCUUUCUUUUGGGGAACAGAGUAUCCUAGGUCAUUAAGUUAUGGUGCCAUAGGAGUGAUUGUUGGCCAUGAGUUUACUCAUGGAUUUGAUAGCAAUGGUCGGAAAUAUGACAAAAAUGGAAAUUUAGACCCUUGGUGGACAACUGACUCUGAAGAAAAAUUUAAAGAGAAAACAAAAUGCAUGAUUAAUCAAUACAACAAUUACUAUUGGAAGCAAGCUGGCUUACAUGUGAAAGGGAAGAGAACUUUGGCAGAGAACAUUGCAGAUAAUGGAGGUCUGCGAGAAGCUUUCAGGGCAUACAGGAAAUGGAUUACAGAAAAGAGGGGAGGAGAAGAAGAGCCUUUACUGCCAGGCCUUGAGUUCACACAUAACCAGCUUUUCUUUCUGAGUUAUGCCCAUGUAAGAUGCAAUGCCUUUAGACCAGAAUCUGCGAGGGAGCAAAUAUAUACUGGAGCUCACAGCCCUCCUCAGUUCAGAGUGAUCGGAUCCAUGAGCAACUUUGAGGAGUUCCGCAAGGCGUUCAACUGUGCGGCGAACACGACGAUGAACCGCGGGGCGCAGUCCUGCCGGCUCUGGUAGUGGUUCCUGCCAGCCCUGGUAGCUGUUCCUGACAGCCCUUGUCUCAGGAGCCUGCAACUGAACUGCUCAAACCCACAGCCAGAGUUUCAGAAUGAUGCUCUGAAAUAUGGAGAGGCGUUACUUCAGAUACGUCUUCCUCACCCAUGUUGACAAUCUGCAUGGAUCCAAUCAUUCCUUACUUAGAGCCUAGAAACAUUCAAAAUAGAAGAGCUUUUCUUUAAGUAUAAUAAUAAAACGUAACUCCUUUUAACCCAGCUCAUCUGCAGUAUCACUGCUGUUGAUGGAUAACUGCCAUUAUCAAUUCUAAUUCCUGAUUUAUAGUUGAGCAAGAUGUAAAUGCUAAAAUCCAGUUUUAAUCUAUUGCUCUGCAGGGGUUCUAUGCAGAAUGCUCCCACAGUAAAAUUUAUUCUUUCUGGAUGAAGAAAUUCAUGAGACCUGCUAUAAAGCCAGCUCUGAUCUGCUGCGUGAUACUGCAUUUUCAUAACUUAAGCUGUCACUGCCCAGCAUGCCAUAAAUGAUGUUGCAUGAUGUAAAGACACAAGACUUUAUAUUAGUUCAGUUUAAGAUGUCAGAUUAGUGCCUCUGGUUUUGGAACAGUUUCAAGCUGAGAAAGUACCUCAUGGUAUUCAUCUGUAGGACUAAAACAUAAAGGAUGCUUGUCAGAUCAUGGCCUCUUCUAAUUCUAGAACAGCUUAUGAUAAAAAUCAAUGUAUGGUGAAAAUCAGAGGCUCUCAGAGGGGAUUCCCAGCACCACGAUACUCAUAAAUAUUGCAGCAUUUAUUCUAGUUUACAGUGUAGGCAGUUUUUUUCCCAGCACCUUGUGCUGAAGAUAGCUUCAUCUACAUUUAUUUUUUUUAAGCCAGAAAUACUAUACCAGUUUUAAAUGAUGGAUUUUAUUGUUUCUGAGUAUUACAUGGCAUUUUAAGUAGUGUGUGUGUUUGCCUUCAUGUUCUGGAUGGGGCAGGAUGACUCGUGAUUUUAAGGUAAGAGUUUGUGACAGAAAAACAGACCACCAGCAUAUUUGACUUGUCAAGAUAAAAAAAGCAAUUGAGGAGUAGAGGACCUAAAAUACAGUAAAAAUACAGACUAGUUGAGUUUUCAAUUUGAUUUAUAAGAAUAUUCAUGAAAAGAUACUUUCUUAUAGCAGAAAAACUUUAACUCAUAACUAUUACUGGGGGGGAAGAGAUGCAGGGUGAGGGAGGAUGCACACACAGAGCUCUUUCUUCCUAUCAGAAAGGUACCUAUAUGAGUGGUAUAUAUUUAUACCUUGUGCAUUAUUUCAUUUUUACAUGGUGUAAUUAUCUCAAAAAGACUUUCUUUAGACUGAUUGAAUUACUGCAAAUCUAUAUGGAGUAAUAUACAUGUGUAUAUACAUAUAUACAAAAAAUAAUUUUUAUAUGCUUUUAUUUUAUUUUAUCAGUAUAGAAAUGUUAGUAAGAGAAACUUCUUUUUACAAGGAUUGGUCUUGUAAAAAUGGCCAAAUACUGUUGGAAAAGGACUUGGUUGGAUGGUCCAGAGGGUGAUGGCUCAGAAUUCCAAGGGACAUCAAUGACAAGUGGUGCCCCUCAGAGGUUCAUGCUGGCACCAGUGCCAUUUAAUAUCUUCAUUAAUGACAAAUAAAGGGAUUAAGUGCACCCACAGCAAGUCUGCAGAUGGCACCAAGCAGCGUGGAGUGGUUGUCACACCUGAAGGAUGGGAUGGCAUCCAAUGGGACUUGGACAAUGAGAAGUGGCUCGUGGGAAUCUCAUGAGGUUUAACAAGACCAAGCGCAAGGGGCUGCACCCGGGUCUGGGCAACUCCUGGUACCAACAAAGUCUGGGGAUGAACAGAUCAAGAGUGACCCUGCCCAGCAGGACUUGGGGUGCUGGUGGGUGAGAGGCUGGACAUGACCCAGCAACAGGCACAUGCAGCCCAGAAAACCAACACUGUCCUGGGCUGCAUCCAAAGCACUGAGGGCAGCAGGGCAAGGGAAGGGAGAGGAGGCCACCAAGAUGAUUAGAGGGAUGGAGCACCCUCCUAUGAGGAAAUGUUGUGAGAAUUGGGAUUGGUCAGCUUGGAGAAGGGAAAGCUUCGGUGUGACCUAAAUUUCAGCCUUCAGUACCUGAAGGGAGGCUCAAAGAAAGAUGGAUUUUCACAGGGGCAUGUCGUGACAGGACAUGGGGCAAUGGUUGUAAACUGAGAGUAGCUUUGGAUUAGAUGCCAGGAGGAAGUCUUUACUGUGAGGGUGCUGAGGCACUGGAACAGAUGGCUCAGAGAAGUUGUGGGUGCCUCAUCCCUGGAAAUGUUCAAGGCCAUGUUGGAUGGGGCUCUGAGCAACCUGGUGGAAGUGCAAGGAGGUGACCUUGCCCAUGGCAGGGGGCUGGAAUAAGUUGGUCUUUAAGGCCCCUUACAACCCAAAUCAUUCUAUGAAUCUGUGAUUGUCCAACAGUCAUGGUGGAGGAAGGUUUACUGAAGCUAACUAACUGAAACAAAUUGGGUUAUUUUCCUGUGUGUCUUUAGAAAGAAGGGGGUCAUAAUGGAAGCAUAAUUUAUGGAAAAGGACAGGAUCUCAAACUACCUUCCAGAGUGAAGGAAGCAGACAUUCCUGUCCUUAAGACUAUGUUGCCUCUUUUUAGAAACAAAAUAUUGUGAUUUGGGACCAGAACAUUCUUUUACUUUUUUUUUCCUGAAAAAGUCAAAGAUUUCUUAAGAGGAAAGCAUUUUCCCUUCCUGAAUUCCAGCUCAAUUCCUGAGUUCCACAGAUUACAAUUUAUCAUUUGAAUUGCCACUACUAAAUUUUUUUCCUGGAAGUAUUUUGCCCGUAAAUAAUGGUGGCAGUAUUUUCAUGGAGCUUUUUCUCAAACAAGCAGGUAUGGGUCUUUAGCAAAGGGAUACUGUUUGCUGCCUAAUGAGAAAGUUGCUUAGGAAGCUGAGUAUGUACUGACUUCAUUUUUGUGCUCAUACGAGCACUGACACGACUUGAUGUUGGCUGCUUUGGAUCAACAGCACAAAGUUCAGGGUUGAUGUCCUGGCCCAAUUAAAGGUAGUACCAAUAUGGUUGUUGUCCUCAGAAAAAUCAGGACAUCAGCUCAGGCACUUAUCUGGAUUUUAUAAAUUACUGGAAUAUGCAAAGACAGUUUCACAACAGUGAACUCUGUGUUUUCUAAUUUUAUCUCUCAAAUCAGAGAUGUAUUUGCAAGAAUUCCUCUCUCAUGGUUAUUUUCCAGUGGGACAGAUUCUGUUAUUUUGUGAUUUAUGAAGUUGUUUCUCUGUACUGGAUUAGAUUUUUUUUCUAAAAUGUCUGAUGUUUCUUGCUUUAAAUGCCAUUCUUCCUGCUCCCUGUUAGGCUCAGGUCUUUCAUGUUUAAUACCAGGGAUUUCUGCAUGGUAGUGUGUGUAUUCCCAAUGGCACAGGAACCACUGCAAACUUUCAUCCUUGCUGGGCCAUCUCCUGCAGCAGGCAGGGGCCAGGUUGGGGCUGGGGGGACAGUAGGGAGCUGGGUGUUUUGGGGGCAAUGCACUGGGAGAGAGGAAGAGAGAGCAUGACCUGAUUUUGUACCCUGAUUUUGGCAGCUGAGAGGGCACCCACACACUGCUGGGGGAAGCCAGAAGUCCUUGCUGCUGACUGGUACGUUUAUCAGUUGCAUCCUAAUUCAGGAAAUUCUUGCUGUUGACUCAGGAUCUCAUUGUUCGGGGUUUAGGUCUUGCCUGUGUCCACACAAGGACCCUGGACUGCCUCACCUGCUGCUUUUUACCUCAGACCAAAGAGUUCAUCAUACAAUUUACAGUUCACUUUGGAUAAGCUGCUUAGGUACCAUUUGGAAAGAAAAGCAGAAGGUAAUUUAAAAAGUUCUUAAAACUUUUGCCAUCAAAGACAGCCAAGACAUGUGUGAUGGUUUGUGAGGGCUCUGCCUAUUGCCUCUGUUUUAUCAGAGCACCUGGCUGUGCCUUGCUUUUGCAUUGUGCCUCCUGGGUCUGUGCCAGCAGUGCCUUCCUGCAUUGCUCUCAGGUUCACUUAUUACAUCUAUGCAAAAAAUCCUUCACCACAUAUAUCCUUUUCCCGGAGCUUUAAAAUUGUUAUUUUGCUUAAUUGUCAAAUAAUAUAUCAGUUAUAUUGGGAAAUGUUUCUUCUUGUUGGCUCAGUAAUCUACUUCUGCAGUGACCAGGAGGGGUCACCUAUGAAUGAAACAUUUUUACCUUUGUAAAUCUGACGAAAUAUUUUUCUACUGUGUAGACAUAAAGAAACAACCUCUACUCCUGUCCCAUCUCUCCUUCUUCAGGUCAUAAAAAUAUGGAAACCUAUUCUCUUUAGUUAAUCUAGUCUAGAUUUUUGUUUUGUUUUGUUUUUGUUUUGUGUAAGCCUGAAAUGUUAAAACACCAGUUUAUACACUGUGAACAUUUCUGCUGAUCAUAUUGUGGAAGACUAAGCUCUCUAAAAAGGCAGCUGUGCUAUUCACCUGUAUAAACUGCUUAGGUACGUAAAUGAUGUCCAAGCUGGGUCUGGACACCAAAGGACGAAAAAACUCAGCUGAAUUAUAAAACUCUGCCUCAUGCCCUGUGCAGCUGGACUUCACUAUUCUUUAGGUAGGAACAUUAUCAUGUCACUAAUUGGUUGAAUAAUUUAUAAAAUAAUCAGGUAGGUCUGCAUAUAACUUCUCAUUGAGUAUUAUUCAAUUAAAGACUUGGAAGUAUAUCUCAUAACAAUGUUAUAUGUUAUAUGUAUAUAUAUAUAUAUAUAUAUAUAUAUAUAUAUAUAUAUAGACACAUGUAUCUGUCAGUGAAAUGUUAAAAGCCUGAGAACCCAGGAGACAGAACUAUAGUGAUUUAAAAUGUCUUUUAAGUCUUUUUAAUCUGAUUUGUAUUUACUGGUCAGUCUAUUGUACAUUUGAAUUUUUCUACUUGCAUAGUACAUUGGUUGACUGUUUUAAAGACAAAUGUGUUAGCAAAUAAAGCUGAAGUGAUGAAGAAUUUUCCUAUGCUUGCAGUAUGGUAAAACCUGCUUGGCUUGGCACUAUCCAAUUCUACAAUAUUACUUCUAUAAUAUAUAGUCUUAAUGAGUUGUAAUAAAGAG